AUGGCGGCCAACGAGACGAAGAUAUCAGGUAUCACCACCAACGCUCUCACUGGAGAGCGUCAUAUACCAGCCUCAGUUCGUGCCGACGGCUCCCAGCGGCGUGAAAUACGAAUUAGACCGGGUUACAGCCCGCCGGAGGAUGUGGAACUCUAUAGGAACCGUGCUGCUGCUUCGUGGAAGAACCGUGGCAAGGCAGGCGUACCCGGAGCAGAACUAGCAGUUAGCGAGAACACUGCUUCCUCGACGAAGAAUACAAAGAAAAAAAACGCCAAACAAAAGACUAAAGCGGGCAGCGAGGGUAUAUCUCCGAAAACAGGCAAAGAGACGACGGCCCUUGACAAGGACAACUGGAGAUCUACGGCCAGUAAAGACGCUGCCGGCGAGGUGAGGCAAAAGGAAGAGCGUGAAACCGACCCUACGAUCGAACGAGAAAAGAAGGCCAGAAACUUGAAGAAGAAGCUGAAGCAAGCUCGUGAACUGCGAGAUAAGAAAGACCAAGGCGAGAGUCUUCUGCCUGAGCAACUAGAGAAGAUUAUCAGAAUCAACGAGCUAGUUCGACAGCUGGAGUCUCUUGGGAUUGAGAAUGAUGGCGAGAAGAAUGUCGACUCGACAGCGUCAAAAUGA